UAGUGGUCAGUGGGUCAGCGGCUUGGGCGCAGUGGUCUCAGUCACCCAUCAUCAUCUUAGUGUCUGAACUCAAACUUUAACACAGUCGAGCAAAAUGAGGGAGAUUGUGCACUUACAGGCUGGCCAGUGCGGCAAUCAAAUUGGAGCAAAGUUCUGGGAGGUGAUCAGCGACGAGCAUGGCAUCGACCCCACUGGCACUUACCACGGCGACAGCGACCUUCAGCUGGACCGGAUCAGCGUGUACUAUAACGAAGCCACAGGUGGAAAGUAUGUGCCCAGAGCCAUCCUGGUCGACCUGGAGCCCGGCACCAUGGACUCCGUCCGGUCAGGACCCUUCGGACAGAUCUUCAGACCCGACAACUUUGUGUUUGGUCAGAGCGGUGCCGGCAAUAACUGGGCCAAGGGCCACUACACCGAGGGGGCCGAGCUGGUGGACUCGGUCCUGGAUGUGGUGAGGAAGGAGGCCGAGAGCUGCGAUUGCCUGCAGGGCUUCCAGCUGACGCACUCCCUGGGGGGCGGCACGGGCUCGGGCAUGGGCACGCUGCUCAUCAGCAAGAUCCGCGAGGAGUACCCCGACCGCAUCAUGAACACCUUCAGCGUGGUGCCCUCGCCCAAGGUGUCGGACACGGUCGUGGAGCCCUACAACGCCACGCUGUCCGUCCAUCAGCUGGUGGAGAACACGGACGAGACCUACUGCAUCGACAAUGAGGCGCUGUACGACAUCUGCUUCCGCACGCUCAAGCUGACCACGCCCACGUACGGCGACCUCAACCACCUGGUGUCGGCCACCAUGAGCGGAGUGACCACCUGCCUCCGUUUCCCCGGCCAGCUCAACGCCGACCUCCGCAAGCUCGCCGUCAACAUGGUGCCCUUCCCCCGCCUGCACUUCUUCAUGCCGGGCUUCGCCCCCCUCACCAGCAGGGGGAGCCAGCAGUACCGCGCCCUCACCGUGCCCGAGCUGACCCAGCAGGUGUUCGACGCCAAGAACAUGAUGGCCGCCUGCGACCCGCGCCACGGCCGCUACCUCACCGUGGCCGCCGUGUUCCGCGGGCGCAUGUCCAUGAAGGAGGUGGACGAGCAGAUGCUCAACGUGCAGAACAAGAACAGCAGCUACUUCGUCGAGUGGAUCCCCAACAACGUGAAGACGGCCGUGUGCGACAUCCCGCCCCGGGGGCUCAAGAUGGCCGUCACCUUCAUCGGCAACAGCACGGCCAUCCAGGAGCUGUUCAAGCGCAUCUCCGAGCAGUUCACCGCCAUGUUCCGCCGCAAGGCCUUCCUGCACUGGUACACGGGCGAGGGCAUGGACGAGAUGGAGUUCACCGAGGCCGAGAGCAACAUGAACGACCUGGUGUCCGAGUACCAGCAGUACCAGGACGCCACGGCCGAGGAGGAGGGCGAGUUCGAGGAGGAGGUGGAGGAGGAUGCCUAGAAGUACUACGAGUUAAUGUGUGAGAUGGGGUGGGAAUGGGGAAAGGAAGAAACAUUGGGUAAAAAAAAAAGAAGAAAAAAAGAGAAAAAUACCAAAAUUGGUUAAAAUUAUUUGGGAAUUUUUUGUUUACUGGAAUGUUGGAGAACGAAAUGAAAUGAGCCAAAUUGUAAACUUUAGUCAUGGACGAGAUCAAGGAAUGACAUUAGAAUGUGAUCAAGAAAGUUUGAAUGAAUGUAAGAUGGCAAUAGGCAAAGAACACAUAAAGUGUUAUUUGAUGACCAAACAAACAAGACCAGAAUAAGAAACAGUUCUCUGGUAUCACCAUAUGUAGCUAAUGCCUAUAUUCGAUUGAACGAAAGCAAAAGAACGAUGGUAAGGAGAGAGAAGGAAGGAAGAGAAGAGAAGAAAGAAAUUCCAUUAACCUCCAUUUUGUUGUUCCUGUGAUUCUUAUGCUUUUUUUUACUUUUCUAUGUUUCUACUGUUUCUACCUUUCAUUAUUUCUAAAUGCACUGUCAUAUUUAGUAUGAAGUUCAACGUUGAUGGUCAGUUAGGCCACAUCACCUCAUCUCAUCAGUGUCAUCAUGUCUAGUGUCAUCUCAGGAUAUGGACACUGGCAUAGAGAGAGGGUAGAAAUGGGGAAUUCUGUCAUUGGUAUUAGACGGCACAAACACUACAAAGCCAUCCAAACAUGGACCAAAGACUUGAUAAUGGAACUUGAACCAAAGUAACACAUUCAAAGGCUAUAUGGAGAUUUUGCUGAGUCAUAACAAGGUUGUCAGAUGUACUCUGGGCUUGUGCAAAGUGCCCUGCCGAAACUCGGACGCCAGCCAACGUCUUUGGGGAAGAGGAACCAUAGUGCACCUUGGCACAUUGAAAUUGACAACCAUAAAACCACUCCUGCCGCGAGUCUCUGUACGGUCUGCAAUAACAUCCUGGCCAAUGACAAUAAAUAAAGAGUCCCAGGCUAUAAAUGGUUCAACCAAAAAAGAAAAACGAUUAAGGACUUAGAUGCUGAGAAACAAAGUUUUGAUGUGGUGAGCAAGUGCUCAAAGAGUUAUUCAAAGUCACCAAAGGCCACAUUGUGUUAUACUUCUCUGUUGAUAGUGCUGAAACUUCAAACCUAUUUUCUGUCUUUCUGAUUUAGAAAAAAAAAGAAAUCUGUUUACAUCUUUUGAAAACCCUUGUGAAAUGGAACGCAAAAAUAAAAGCCCUUUUUUACAAAAAAAUUAAAACUAAUUC